AUGAAUUCCACCUUGGACUCCGCUGCCGCAUUUCAUGCACGUGCGCUUGAGAUAGGUUUACCUGCUGACUUUCUCAAGCUGCUGGAAGACGGAGGAGUCACGACGACGGGCACGCUAGCCUUCAUCUCACCCUUCCAGGUGGGCCACUCGGACGAGAAGCCUGUGAUCGACGCACUCCAGACAGUCGUGAAGCGUGAUCUCACGCAGAAGGAGCUUUUCGUGACGAGGACUACGCGAAUCGAGGAACAACGCAGGCGCCUCAACGGAGUUCACUUCUCCAGUGACAGCGAGCCAAGCUAUCGCGUGACAGAUCUUGUGUUUCAGCAAGGAACCGACCAACAGCUCAUCUGGCUUCCUUGCCAGAAAUACACCAGCAAGGCACAAGAGAUCGUUUCGAGCAAAUCGGACUUAUCCAUCAGCUUUGACAACAGUGGAAAUCUGCGCUUGAACAAAAAGUUCCAGGAUGCCCAGUGUUCUUUGACCGGUGAAUUGCAGGUGCGUCAAGCUCUCCAGCGCAGAUCCUUGUGCUACGAUCUGGCGCAACUCUGCGCUUAUUCAGUGAUGGAAGCCUACCACGAAGAGAUGUUUUCUCUUCUCUCACGCCCGCCAGUGCCGGGCCGCAUGUGUAUCACCAUGGGCCAGGUCAAGGAGGCUGACAAGGUCCUUUUCUUCAAAAUUGCAGAAGAAACCAGAGGUGCCCUUAGCGUGCGGCCGGACGGCUCCAAGCCGAUGGAGCUGCAGAUGGCAAAUGGCAAGGGCAAGACCGGCGGCAAGCAGAAUCAGGGUUCAGAAGUGCCGCAGCCUCCUCCUGCCUAUGUGCUGCCCGAUGGCUGUUCCAGCAAAGAUCCCGAAGGUGUUCCGAUUUGUUUCCCGUACAACAAGGAUGGUUGCAAAUUUGCUAAGGAUGGCAAGCGGCGGCGCCUGAUUACUUCUGGCUUCUUCGCCGCCCUCGCGAGUGACGCUGCCAGCCGAGUGCGAGGGCCCGCCGUUGCAGACGGGGGUGACCCGCUCCCAGAGGGCAAGCAGGCCGCCGAGGGCCGCUGCUUCACAACAGGCUCUUUCGACUCUCUGUGUGAGUUUGUCAAUGCCGAAGCACACCCGGAGUUUAUGUACAGCACCAUCUCCAUUUUCGAGCAACUUCACGUGGGCCGUCACAGAGUGGCCAGGUUCGCUGCUUUCCACCUGACGCGCCAUCACCAAGGGCUGCCCGUUUCAGGCUUUACCAAUCUGCACUUGCAAUCCGACUUCGACUGGGAGCCGGUUUUCGCUGGGUGUGCCAGACUGUCUUCUACCUUUGCAGCCGCUGGUUUUCAAGUGCUCGCCAUCGACGGGCCGCGCAACAAGCAUUCGCCGCUGCAUCAGGUGUGGACGCUCGACCUGACCGUCCGGCAUUGUCAGGAGGCACUUGUAAAGCGUCUCCUGCAGUCACCCGUGAGCUGGAUGUGGUCUGUGCUGGCCCACUUCACUCGCCAGCUCAAGUCCCCGACCUUGGCAUCGUUCUUCAACGACCUUCAUACCGUCGAUUAUGCGCAACGCAUGCUCGGAGGCCGUUGGACCUUCGCUACAGCUUCGGAGGCCGAGCCCACGGUGCGGCAGUCUCGCCGUGCACCGCAGUUAAUCCCCGAGUUUAAGGAGUUCCGGGAUUCUAGGCCUGCCCAGGGUGAGUUUCGCGAGCUUGUACGUGACGGGGGCCGCGACGGAAGCUGCUCAACCUUCGGCAUCUUUCACACGAAGCAGGAGUUCACCCACAGGGCCCUUAAGCUCGAUCAUCCCUUCGACGACGCAGCGGCGAUUGACGACAGCGCAAGAAGGAACAUUUUCGAUCUUCUUACCAAAGGCCUUUCGUCUGUUGCUCAGAAGCGCAUCAAUGCCACAAAGAAGGUGAACCAGAUGGCUAAAGAGCUCUCAGUGGAGGAGGCAAGGUUUCACGCUUCGUUACCACAGCAUGCUCAGGAGGUCUUGAAACGCAAACGCAUACUGCUGUGGAGAAGGCUGUUGCAAGAAACUGGAUUCCCAGAUGUCUCGGUCGGUGAGCUCAUGGAGGGCGUCGACCUUGUCGGCAAACCGGCCAAGUUGUCUCUGUUUGAGUGGAAAGAGGUCCCUGCGACUUCUUCCGUGCAAGAUCUCCUUGACUCAUCUGUUUGGCGUAAUCACGCACUUCAGAAGUCGCUUGAUGUUGACGACUCGGACGAUCUUACGAGCAAACUUUGGGAAUGCACUCUGCAGGAGGUUGAGAAAGGUUUUCUCAAGGGACCGUUUCAGUCAGAGGAGCAAGUUCGUGCAGCGCUUGGUGAAGAAGCUGUCUGCUGCACCCGGAGGUUCCUUGUCGUCCAGGGUAGUGCUGAGAAUCCGAAGUUCAGGCCCAUUGAUGAUUUUCGAGAAAGUGGCAUCAACGCACAUUCCCUUGAUCACCUGCGUUUGCACGACGUCGACUUCUUCAUUACCUUGUGCCGAUUCAUUUGCAAUGCUGUGGACGAGAAAGGAGUAGUUGCGGUGUUCCUCAGAAGCGGAGAACAACUUCGAGGGCUAUGCACUGUUUCGAUUGAAGCGCUGCUUGACAGUCUCGGGUGGCGAUACAGUCGAGACAGCGAAAAGGACAAGCCGUUCGCUAGCCAGUUCAACUUGUUGGGAGUCCAGCUCUCUCUUGACUCUCUUCAUCUUGGCAGCAUCGCUCUGGAAAACAAGCCAUCAAGAGUUGCAAAGCUUCUGCUGGUCGCGCAGCAGAUGUGUGCAAGUGGCAAACUCUCGCGAGCGGAGGCCAUGUCUUUGCAGGGACAGCUCAACUUCAUGGUGGGCUUUGCGUCAGGUAGGUCGCUCAAGCUUGUUUGCCGAGCACUUUCGAACCUCGUCUACUCCAACCGAGCCUGGACGCGAGACGAGGUCAAGCAACUGGGAGGUUACCUUAAGUGUUGUCUCGAGGCUCUUACGCCAAAGACGAUGUGCUUGAAAGGAGGCUCACGCCCCCUUGUGAUUUUCACUGACGCCGCCUAUGAGCAAGGGGUUGCUACUUGGGGUUUAGUGGUUCUUGAUCCCGAUGCGGGUAGGCGCAAAGUAGCUGGUGGUCGAAUCCCCUCUUCUUUGAUCGAGCUGUGGCACCAAGACACUGAGGAUCAGGUUAUCGCUCAGGCCGAAGCGUUUGCAAUGGUGAUUGCAAGGGAUUAUGCAGCAACCUUCGCAAAGGGCCGUAGAACUUUCUUCUUCGUUGACAACGACUCCGCGCGAUAUUGCAUGAUCCGCGGUAGCAGUCCCGUGAGAGCGCUGCUGGCGCUGGCUCACGCGUUUUAUGCCAGCGAGUGCAGAGACCAACUUGUCACUUGGAUAGAGCGCGUGCCAUCAGCCUCCAACGUCGCAGACCUCCCCAGUCGUGGCGAGUGUGCAGCUGCAGCCAAGAUGGUAGGAGGGCGUGUCAUCAACAUUGACAGCAUUGUGAAAAUUGCUGCUCAGCGGUGCUCGGAUGUCAGCGCUCUGCCUUGGAGCCUCUUGGCGUGCCACUUCAAGGGCCCUGUUCCCGCCUUUCACUUCUCGUGA